AUGAUAUUAACUUGUAUAGUUGGCUCUAUAUUAGUAAGUAUAGUAAUUAUAGCAUUAAUUCCCAGGGAAAAUAGUCUGAAACUACGCCAGCAAGCGUUAGAGUGGUCUCUGAUUACAUUUGCUCUUUCUAUUUUAUUAUUAGUUAACCUUCAUCAAGAAGCUCAAUUUCAACAGAUAAUAGAAUUCAAUUGGGUAAGUACAAUAGGUUGGUUUGAAGGUUCUCCAAUAUUGUUUGCUAUUGACGGGAUCUCUAUAUUUUUCAUUGUACUAAGUACUUUAUUAACCCCUAUUUGUAUCUUAGUAAGUUGGAAUAGUAUUAAGUUUCUUGUUAAGGAGUUUAUUAUAUGCCUUUUAGGCAUGGAGUUACUAUUAAUUGGGGUAUUUUCAACAUUAGAUCUGUUAAUAUUUUAUGUGCUAUUUGAGAGCAUAUUAAUACCUAUGUUCUUAAUAAUCGGAGUGUGGGGAGCUCGGGCAGAGAAGAUAAAAGCUGCCUAUUAUUUCUUUUUUUAUACUUUAGUUGGUUCAAUAUUAAUGUUACUUAGCAUAGCAGUUAUUUAUAGAAUAACGGGCACAACCGACUACUUAUCUUUAACUAACAUUCAAAUUGAUAAUAACAUUCAAAUUUGGUUAUUUGUGGGUUUCUUCCUUAGUUUAGCAGUUAAAAUACCUAUGAUCCCCUUUCAUAUAUGGUUGCCUCUUGCGCAUGUUGAGGCUCCUUUAGCUGGUUCAGUGAUUCUGGCUGGAAUAUUAUUAAAAUUAGGGGGUUAUGGAUUCAUUAGAUUCGCUUGGCCUCUUUUCCCAGAAGCAACAGAGUAUUUAGCACCAAUCAUAUUAACGUUAUCAUUAAUAGCAGUAAUAUAUGGAAGUUUAACUACUUGCAGACAGGUAGAUGCGAAACGUCUGAUAGCCUAUUCCUCGGUAGCUCAUAUGGGAAUAGUAACAAUAGGCUUAUUUACUCAUACGAUGGAGGGUUUAAUAGCCUCUAUAUUCUUAAUGAUAGCCCAUGGAGUGGUUAGCCCCGCUUUAUUUAUAGCAGUAACGCUGCUCUAUGAGAGACAUCACACAAGGUUAAUUAGGUAUUAUAGGGGAGUAGUUAUGACUAUGCCCCUAUUUUCUAUCAUAUUUAUGGUGUUUACUUUAGCUAAUAUUGCUGUUCCUCUUAGUUGUAACUUUGUCGGAGAAUUUUUAUCCUUAGUGGCUGCUUUUUCUACUAGUACAUCAUUAGGUAUUCUUACCUCAACUAGUAUGGUCAUAGCUGCUGCUUAUUCGUUAUAUUUAUAUAAUAGAAUUUGUUUUGGGCAACUUUCUCCAUAUUUAAUAUUUUCGAGAGAUAUUAAUAGACGAGAGUUUAAUGGGCAAUUACCGCUAAUAGUAGCUAUUGUAUUAUUGGGGGUAGUUCCAUACCCCCUAAUCGAGUUAGUUCGUGUAUGUUUGCCCAGAUUUUUAUAA